GUUUCGCGACUUGCAUCUUUCUGGCAAACGCAUACCAACUAUCAAUACAUCACUGUUGCAUACACAUCAUGGCUCUCGUAGGCUACUCGGAUAGCGAAGGCUCCGACUCGGAAACACCAAAUGUCGCCCCUAUUCCUGCCACGAAAGCCACAACCAAGAAGGGCAACUUCCAAAAACUUGUCGACCCGUCUGCGCCACGCAAGAUCAAGGUCGACCUGCCCACCGUACAGCCCGAAGCCGAAACAAAUGCACCUCCUGCAAAAAGAGCUCGUACUGCUGGAACCUUUGGUGGCUUCAACUCAUUCCUACCCGCACCGAAACGCGCCGCCGAUGCCAAAAAGGGCCUAGGAUCUGGUGUGAAUCUCAAGACUGGUGCCGAGCCUGCUUUUAGCAGAGAAAGAGUAGAACCUGAUCCUUCGGCUUUCACGCCAGCUUCUACGACGGCUCAAACAAAGGAUGACGUAGACACAUCAAUACCGGCUCCGUUUCAGGAUGAACCGCCGAAGGAGGUCAAGCCCAAGGGCAAUGCCAUGAAGUUCAAGCCUCUGUCUGUGGCACGGAAGAAGGCUCCCAAGAAGAACAUAAUUCCCGGCGCCACCUCCACUGCGCAAUCGCCUAUCACACCAGCGGUUCCAGAAACACCGAAAGCCUCAGCUCCGAAGCCAAAGGUGUCGCUAUUCUCAGUCACUCAAGACAACGACACACCAUCCGCUGCAGCUCCCCUAGCAGAUUACCAGCCUCUACUCGCCGAACCUGAAGUUGCCGAGACCGAGACAUUUAACUCGACCAUGGCCGCUCCACCUCCCGUUCCUGUAGAUCCGAACUCCCUCACAGCAAUUGCAGACGACCUAGGCCUCUCAGCCAACGAGCGUCGAAGACUGUUUGGACGCAACAAAGAUGCCGCCGCUUUUGCCAACGUCACACAUCUCAACAUGGAAGAAGAAUACAAUAACAACGAACAACUUCGCGCUCAAGGCGCUGCUGUCGAACACAGAGCUGUGAAAGCUGUUGCUCCUGGAAAGCACAGUCUACAGCAGCUCGUCAACUCUGCCAGUACGCAAAAGGAGGCUUUGGAAGAUGCUUGGGCCCAAGGAAGGAGGAAUAAGGCUGAGGCGGGUAGUCAUUAUGGUUUCUAGAUACUCUUAUGAUGUUACGAUCGCUCAUGAACUCAUCAAUCUUUCGUUCAUCCCAGCUCUGUGUGACAAAGUACGGACUGCUGUGCAUCGUUGGCAGAGGUCGGCUGCGUGCGCACCUGCUUCCUUUGGAAACUCUCGUCUGCCUUCCCACCAAUCUUCAUCAACCCUGAUACGCAAGCUCGAAUCUCCUUUCAACAACAAAGUGGCGAUGGUACAGUGAUCAAGACGCUGCAU